AUGCGCAUCAUGCCCAUAGGUGCCGGCAACGAGGUCGGCCGUAGCUGCGUGAUCCUCAAGUACAUGGGAAAGACCAUCAUGCUCGACUGCGGCAUCCAUCCGGGCUACAACGGAAUCGCGGCGUUGCCGUUUUUUGACGCCAUCGAUCCCUCCGAGAUCGACCUCCUGCUGGUGACGCACUUCCACCUCGACCACGCGGCGAGCCUCCCGUACCUCACGGAGAAGACCGGGUUCAAGGGGAGGGUGUUCUGCACUCACCCCACCAAGGCCGUCAUGCGGAUGCUGCUGUCGGACUACAUCCGCCUGGUUAACGUGCACACCGAGCACAUCCUUUACGACGAGAAGGACCUGAACCGGUGCAUCGACAAGAUCGAGUUGGUGGACUUCCACCAGGUCCUGGAACACGAGGGCAUCAAGUUCUGGUGCUACAACGCCGGGCACGUCCUCGGUGCGGCCAUGUUCAUGAUCGAGAUAGCGGCAGCAGGGACCAAGUGGGCCUCACAAAUCCACCAACCUGCAGUGUUGCUCAUUUUCCACCCCUGCCACUUGCUGGUAUCUGACGCAACCACCGCUGUUGUCAAAUGUGCUUGCCGUUUCCGCGGGCCACCUUCUUGCCGCCGCAUUCGUUCUCACCAUCCCCCCUGGCUGCUACUCGACAACACGACGCUUCCCGCGGCCGCGUUGUCGUGGAGCAACCAGGGGGUGCACGUGCUGUACACCGGAGACUAUAGCAUGGAGGCCGACAGGCACCUCAUGGCGGCCGAGAUGCCGAGCACCUCCCCGGACGUGCUGAUCGUCGAGUCCACCUAUGGAGUGCAGGUGCACGAGCCGCGCAAAGAGCGCGAAUCGCGGUUCGUGGGCACGGUGUCCAAGGCGGUCAAGAAGGGAGGGAGGUGCCUCAUUCCUGUCUUCGCGCUGGGGCGUGCUCAAGAGCUCCUGCUCAUCCUGGAUGAGUACUGGCAGCAACACCGCGAGCUGCACCACAUCCCUAUCUAUUACGCCUCGCGGUUGGCAUCCAAGGCUAUUCGGGUUUAUCAGACGUACAUCAACAUGAUGAACGAGCACAUCCGGCAGCAGAUGGAUGUGGCCAACCCCUUCAAGUUCCAGCACAUCACCAACCUCAAGAGCAUCGACCAGUUCGAUGACUCGGGACCGUCGGUUGUGAUGGCGUCGCCGGGGAUGCUCCAGAGCGGGGUUUCCAGGAUGCUGUUCGACCGCUGGUGCACCGACGACAAGAACAGCGUCCUCAUCCCCGGCUACUCCGUGGAGGGCACGCUGGCCAAGAAGCUCCUGUCGGAGCCCGACGAGGUUCAGGGGAUGGACGGAAGGGUGCGGCAGCGGAGGUGCGAGGUGAAGUACAUCUCGUUUUCCGCACACGUGGACUUCGUCCAGAACAAGGGCUUCAUCGACGGGGUGCAGCCGGCCAACGUUAUCCUGGUGCACGGGGAAGAGACGGGCAUGCUGAGGCUCAAGACCGAGCUCGAGAAGCAGUUCGCCAUGGUGCCCCAGGACGAGAGACCCCUUGUCUUCAACCCCAAGAACUGCGCCGAGGUGAAGAUCGAGUUUCACCGGGAGACUGUGGCCAAGGCGGUCGGCUCCCUCGCUCGCGACCUGGGCGGCCGCGGGAAGGGUAGCAAGGGUGUCAGCAGGCGGGCGGCGGCCGCGCGACGGCGAGGCGAGGCGUUCGACGUGCAGGGGCUGCUGGUGAACGAGCGCUUCACCAAGAGGCUAAUGUCCGCGGACGAGCUGGACGAGUACACGCUGCUCAAGGUUGGCGGGAUCCGGCAGCGGCUGUCGGUGCCGUACUUCUCCUCCGCCGAGGCUCUCCGAGCUUUCGUGAGGGAGGUGUUCGCCGACGACAGCAUCAAGCAGGAGGAGGGGACCUUCGGCACCAGGCUCGUCGUUCACGGUGCUGUGGCAGCGACUCUGCCGCCUCCCAGCGCGAAGGACAGGACCAAGCUUCUGCUGGAGUGGGAUGCCAGCCCCGUCAACGACAUGCUCGCGGACUCGAUGGUGGCGCUCGCAACCCAGGCGCAAACCAGCCCGGCCGGAAUUUCGCUCACAACGGGCGGGCACCACCACCACAGCCACCACCAGAAACACGGGGAUUGUGCUCGAGACAGAGAAGAGGGUGCACGUGUCAAGGCUACAGGAGGCAUGGGUGUAGAUGAAGGGGGUGCUGCUGCUGCGACUUUGUCCUCGAAGGUCAAGACUGAGGUGGGAGAGGAAGAAGGCCCACCAGUGUCAGGAGGGAGAGGGACUGGUGUUGCUGGUGCCAGAGCAGUCAAGACGGAAGGUUCGUCCACGGCGUUGAAGGAAGCGGCGGCAGGGGGUCAAGGGAGGACCAAGUCACCGGCAGGCGGUGUUGCUGGCCGGGCGGGAGACGAAGCCAGCGGCUCUGCUUCGGUUCAUACGGCGAAACCUACCACGGCGGUACCUCGCCGCGGCGAUGGUGCUGCCGGAGAAGACCGGGAGGGCAGCGACUGGUCGUCGAUGCUCGCGGCAGCGCUGCUGCUCGUACGCCACGCGAUGCAAGACACUUUCGGGAAGGGGGCGGUAACCGUCACGUCGAAGCAAAAAGAGAAGCCGGCGCCGGCGCCGGCGCCGGCCGCGGCCGGGAAGCAGACUUCGCCCGACAAGCCGUUAUCGGCGGAAAUUAAGAUCGACACGGGUGGUGCAGUCGUUCGGGUGCGAGUUUACGUGGUACCGCCUGCGAGCACCGCUGUGUCCGGUUCUGGGGAAAGCGGAGGCAGAGGGUCGGCUGGGUGGCGAUGCGAGGUGGUGGAGUGCACGAGAGAUUCCCUUGGGAGCCAGAUCUCGAUGCUCGUCGAACGGCUACGGGCGGCUGUUUCCAGGAGCUGACCCGAUCGUUUCAGGACGUCACCAGUUAGUCGGAUGGAUGCAAUUGAGAGAGAUGCAUGUGGCGAUAUGUAGUCCGGUUUGUUGCGCAGGCUAGUGUUCGCUUGCAGGGAGAGAGUGUGCGUUCUGCGAGGUUAUUGCUAAUGAUCCGGCAGGUGCGCCUUUCAUGUGACAGUGUCUACCAGCGAGCCUGGUCCUGCUUAAUUUUCCGGCACUGUAGGCCUGCUAUCUAGGCAGCUUUGAUGCGUUGGGCACGUCGCAGAACAGGCCCACACGCGGGAUAUACGCUGAAAGAGGGACGGUCUUGCUGCACAAUGGUGUCGUUCUGACUUGUUCGUGUCUUCUGUGGGUGUUGAAAAGGUAGCUCUCUUCCUGGUAGUAACCGUUCAUGCUGAUCAAGAGUCUGCCAUGGAAACGGCAUACGGGGUUGCAGUUGGAAGACUGUACAGAACCUGGGGUCAAAUCGAAUAUUAGGUCUGAGAAUUCGGCGCGACAGAACAAACUGAACCCCUGCUGUAAAGAAG